GAUGGAGGCGCCGCUCGGUGGGCACCGGGCGCUGUACAAGAGCCCCGCCGCGCCGCCAUGGAAGGAGACGUACCGGCGGCGCUGCCUGGAGCGCCUGAGGAGCAGCCGGGAGCGGCUGCUGCACCGCUACCGCCGGGCCGGGCCGGGCCCUGGCGCGCUGCUGGUGCCGGAGGUGAUGGAGUGGGAGUGGCAGAGCCUGCAGGCCGAACGCGGCGCGCCGGGGGAUCGCGGGCAGCGCGCGCUGCGGCAGAUGCCCGAGGAUCCGGACGAGCUGGCGGUGCUGGAUGAAAUCCAGCAGGAGCUGAUCCUGCAAGAACAAUUGGUUAUAGAAGAAUAUGAGCGAAGUCUGCAGUUUGAUGAAGAAUGCCUCAAUGCAAUCCUCGAUGGCUUGGAUGCCAGCAACAAAAUCAUCUGCCCAGUGUGCAGAAAGAACCAUCUGACUGUGAGGAGCCACUCAGUUUUUUGCCAGUGUGGGUUGGAUGUCCCUGCCCAGGAUAUGACGGAAGAGAAGCUUCGGUCGCUUCUGGAAAACACUAUAACAGAGCACAGUCACAGGUGCCUUCACAGUCCGGAGUUCACAGUUACCAGUGGAAUGGAGGAGGAAGCCAGUCUUCUCAUGACCUGUCUGGUCUGUGACUUUUGGAUGAUACUCCUGUAAGUUGCUUCAGCUGCUGCUUUUUCAGUGACUUCAAGACUAGAAACUCAACCUAGAGCUGCUAUUGUCUUCUAAUGUAUAUAUACUCAUGUCUGCUGUGUCAGAAAUACUUCAGGGCAGUGCUACUGCCUUAACCUGCACUUUUGAUGGCACAGUCCAUGUUUUAUAAUAAAUAUUUCAUCCUUCA